AUGUUCCACGCCCUAACACCCUCCCUCCAAGCUGUUGGGUUGCAUCUCCCUCCGCUUUCAUCGUUCUCCUCUCCAUCGCCAUCUCCAUUCCCAUCUUUCCAUUCUUUCAUCCACCCUUUCGUCGCUCUUCAUCCAUACCCAUUCUCCGUUCCGCCGAUCACUCUCGGGCCCAUCCCGUCGCCUCUCCGCGCUACAUUCUCCAUCAAUCGCACGGCCGAGCAGGAGCCGCACUACUGUCAGCCGCGGUCGCGCCUGCGCCACCCGCGGGGCAUGCUGCGGCGGGGUUCGCUGCGCGGCAGCGGCACGCGCGCGGGCGGCGACACGCCGCGGUAUCUGGUGAACUCGCUGGCAGUGGCGUUCGUGGUGUCGCUGCUGUUCCUCUACCGCCUGCAGCGCCAGGAGCGCCAGGAGCAGGCGCAGCAGCAGCGCGAGGAGCAGCAGCAGCAGCACCCUGCGCUCGACGUCGAGGGCGGGGGAGGGGGGAGUGGGGGGGAUGUCACAAGCGGCGUUGGUGAGGUGGCGAGGGAGUUACGCGUGAGCGGCGGUGGGGCGGAUGCUGGCGGAGGUGGCGGCGGGACGGAGAGCGACGCAGGAGGGGACGAGGGAGGCGGACGUGUGCGGAGUGACGGUGGUGGUGGCGCAGCUGGGGGAGGCGGUGGUGAGGGCGGUGGCGGGGGAGGGACGGCCGACGAUGGCGGGGCAGACGACGAGGCGCGGGAGGUGCGUGGAAAGGAGAGUGGGGAGUCGUCUGGAGGAGAAGUAGAGGCAAGUGCGGGUGGCAGCACCAAGGUGACUUCCGAGGCUAGCGAUGCUGGUGGUGGCGAUGGUGAUGGUGGCGAUGGUGAUGGUGGAAGGGGUGAGGGGAUGGCGGAUGGGAAUGACGGGGAAAGUGACAAGGGCUCGAGAGAGGCCGGUGAAGACAGCAGCUCGAGCAGUGUGGCAGAGAGUAGUGAGGGCGAGAGCGAAAGCAACGGGGAUGGUGGUAAGCGUGGGAGUCUGACUGAUGGUGAGGAGGAGGGCACGGGAGGCGUGGGGAGCAGAGGUGAUGAGGAGAGUGAGAAGGGCAUCGGGAUGGCUGAUAAGGAAACGGGCAGUGAUGCGGGGCAUGGGGAGGGGCAGGGCGCUGCAGAUGAGGGUGAGGGGGGCAGUGCUGGUGGCGGGGAAGGUAAGGGCGUGGGGGGUGGUAAGGAGGCAGAGGAGGAGAGCGAUUCUGGAUCUGGUGCUGAGAGGGGAGGGGAGGCGAAGGAGGCGGAGGAGGGGAGUGGCAGUGAGAUCAGGGCAGUGAAUGGGGGUGGUGAUGUGGAAGCUGCAGGCGCGGAGACAGACGCCGGUGUUGCGACGGAUCAAGGGAGGAGUGGCGGUGAGGGUGAGGGUGAUGGUGGGAGUGUGAUUGUGAGUGGUGGCAAAGCAGGCAAGAGUGAGGACGUGGAGGCGGGUGAUGCAGUGGAGGAGGGGAGGGUGAAGGCCAAGAAGAAGAAGGCUUCGGGCAAGAAGAAGAGCAAGAAGGGCAAGAAGCGGAAGAAGAAAAAGAGCAAGAAGGCUAAGGUUGCUGAUGAGUGA